UACGAAUAAUGUUGUGAGCUCGUUGCUUGGCUAACAUCGAUCUUUAUUCCAACCCAUAAUUUCACCCAUCACUUUCCGUCGAGACUUGUUGCUGGUAAAAUGGACCGUUGGGAAGGAAAAAUAGCAAUAGUGACAGGCGCUAGUUCUGGAAUUGGAGCUGCGAUAGCAAAGCUUUUGGUUCAAAAAGGACUUAAGGUGAUUGGUCUUGCGAGACGUGUUGAACGGGUCGAAGAGCUGGCUGCUGAUUUGGCUGAUCAACCUGGGGAGCUUUUUGCUGUUGCUUGCGACCUUACAAAGGAAGAGAGUAUUUUGGAGGCUUUCAAGUGGGUUAUUGAAAGCGUGGGACCUGUACAUAUUUUGAUCAAUAAUGCCGGGCUUACUAAAGCGACGAGCCUUUCCGAUGGUGAUAGCGACCUCUGGCGCCAAGUUCUCGAAGUUAACAUUAUGGCCUUAUGUAUUUGCACCCGCGAAGCGGUCAAAAUCAUGAAAGAAUACGAUAUUGACGGACACAUCAUCCACUUAAACUCCAUUGCGGGCCACCAGGUCCAAAAUAUCCCCGACUUCAACGUCUAUCCGGCCUCAAAAUUCGCCGUUACGGCCCUGACCGAAACACUGCGCCAGGAAUUAGUCAGGGACAAAACCCGGAUCAAGGUCACGAGUAUUAGUCCGGGAGUUGUCCGAACUGAAUUCCAAGAAGGCAUGGGCGGAGACGACAUGAAAGAAAUGUUGGCACAAAUUCCGGCCCUUAAACCGGAAAAUAUCGCACAAGCCGUAGUGUACGUGCUAGGGACGGAGCCCAACGUCCAGGUGAGCGAGUUAACGAUUCGUCCAGUGGGAGAUCCGUUCUAAAUAAAUCGCAACACUAAAAUUUGGAGUUUUUUAUUCUCUAAUCACUGUGAAAAAGUUUUAGUGCAAUAAUUGAUCAGCAAACGUAUAAUAAAAUAACUUCCAUUAA